AUGGCCGUCAACACAAACCGUCCUAUCACCAAGCACGAUGCUCAGGCAACUUGUAGUGACAGCAAGCUAAGCAACUCCCCCUUCGUUCGUGGAAUCAUUUGCGGACAAAUUCUUCAAAUUAUUGAUGUUGGCUUGUUCUGCCUUUUGCCACACGGUGGACGGGGUGUCUUGGGUAUGGUUUUGAGAGAUGUUACUACAUUGUUGGUCUUGGUGGGAUUGUAUGGUCUGCACUGCUACCAAAAUGGGGUUCCUGUUCCAAGCUCGAGACAAAACUUCCUUUCGAUAGACACUGGAAAAAAUCAACUGCUGGCCUAUCUGAAUGGCUGUUUGGUCUGUCAUGUUGUUUCCCUAGUCCUGUUUUCACAUUUGAGGGUUGUGAUUUUGAAUGUUGCCCUGGUUGUCUCCGCUGUUGCGGUGCCCGUCAAUGCUAUGGCAACUACAAGGUGGCAACAAAACUCAGAGAGCGAUGAAUCACCAACAGACUCAAGAAUCUCUAGUGGUGGACCUCCAGGAGACUUGUCUCGUCCACUUUUGGUCUAA